GAAAAAAAUCUUUUAGUUGGAUCAGUUUGAUAUUCUAUACCUGUUCUUUCUGUCUUUUUUCUUGCGUUCUCGUACAGGGAACUGUUUAUUGCGAUAGAGGAAUAUUGUGCUUGACUGGAAAGAAUAGCAAUGGAGGACGCGGAUUCACAUCUCAUCGAGGCUGUUGAGCAGCAUGAUUCGGACAGCAGACUGCGGGUGAUCAAGGACGUUGCUGCCGGCACCUGUGGAGGAAUUGCUCAGGUUCUCGUCGGACAACCGUUCGACACCACAAAAGUUCGACUCCAAAGCGCACCUCCCGGAACGUACUCUGGUGCUCUGGAUGUUAUCAAGAAGUUGUUGAAGACGGAGGGGCCUACUGCGUUUUAUAAGGGAACUCUGACUCCGCUGGUCGGCGUUGGCGCUUGUGUGUCGAUCCAGUUCGGCGUCUUCGAGGGCAUGAAGCGUUUCUUCAGCGCCCAAAACAAGCAGCACGGUCUGGUCUCGGACUCGCUCACCUAUCCGCAGUACUACAUCUCCGGCACUGCCGCCGGCCUCGCAAACUCCGUCCUGGCAGGCCCGAUCGAGCACGUUCGGAUUCGGCUACAGACGCAGACCAAUACGGUCCCGAAGCAGUUCUCGGGCCCGCUCGAUGUUAUCAAGCAGCUUCGUCAGGCCUCAGGCUUUGCUGGUAUUUUCCGGGGCAUUACACCCACUUUCUGGCGCGAGGGACAUGGAAUGGGAAUCUACUUUCUCACGUAUGAGUACCUCGUCAACAGGGACAUGCGUGAGAAUGGGAUCAAGCGGACAGAUAUCCCUGGCUGGAGAUUAUGUAUAUACGGCGGUUGUGCCGGCUACAGCGUCUGGCUAACCGCCUACCCCUUCGACGUCGUCAAAUCCAAGAUGCAGACCGACGCCAUCGACCCCUCGCAGCGCAAAUACUCCUCGACGCUGGACUGUUUCCGGAAGACGUUCCAGACCUCGGGCGUCAAGGGCUUCUUUAGAGGGUUCGUGCCUACCAUUCUUCGUGCUGCGCCGGUGAACGCGAGUACGUUUUAUGCGUUUGAGCUCGCGAUGAGGGCGAUGGGUUGAGCGUGUGUAGGAUAGAUUCGCUGGAUAAAGAGAUUUUAAGUAGAAUUAAA